AUGGCGAGCCGAACCUGCGACUUCGAUUUCCAGCCUGUUGCGCCGCUGGCAGGAGUCACCAAUGAGGGCGCUGCAAUGUUUGGCGAGAAGCGCAUGAGUGUGCAACGGGAGCGCCUCGCUGGCACGCUCUCGCGCUCUUGCCGCAUCCCCGCCACCAGGCCCUCUCUGGCCUGCACUGCAGGCCGGACCAUGUACCGCUUCAGGGAGAAAGGUGGCCCCUCCAUCUCCCGGACCGUGGCUAGCAGGAACGAGGAGGUGGACAGGAACAGCAAGGCCAUCCAGCAUUUCUCCAAACUCGAUGGAAGUCCGCGCAUGAAGAAUGAUAGAGACAGGCGCAUCUCCGAGUCCGCGAAGGUGCCUCAAGUGGACUCCAAGGCCCUCACGGCCGAGAUCGACAGCGUGGCGAUGGAGCUUCGCAAUCUGAUCGCCGGAGUGGACACGGACAUGUCCCUUGCGCAGAAGUCCGAGGUGCGAAAGGACGAGGACGAGGAGGAAGGCCAAAGCCUUCACGCGAAGCUCCUGAAGUAUCGCUACGUCCGCAAGAUCGAGGCCCCGCCGCCUCCGCUGGAGCCGCUGGAUGGGACCUACCUCAAGGCGCCCCGGGAGGUGGACAAGAUGGAGAUGAACCUGCAGAAGUUUAGGAUAAGCUGGAAGAGAGACGCCUUAGAGAGGGCGAGGCAUUGGAACAAGGAGACGGCUGACCGCAUCUCCACCGCGCGAUGCCGACGGGAUGAGGAAAUUGAGCGAAGUGAAGCCCACUUUCUCCACCAGCUGGCUGAAAAGGAGAAAGUGCCGCAGCGGGUGGGUGCGCUUCGCAUGGCCCAGGUGGAAAAGAUGAAGGCCAAAGCAGCUGCGCGAGAGGAGAAGUUGGAGCUGGUGAGGCGCAAAAAGCAAGAGGAGCUCGAAGCCAGACAACUGCAGCUGCAGGAGCUUCUGGGGGAGCGCAAGGGUCAGAUGCAUCGCCAAUCCUCCGGGCGAAGCGAGUCUCCAGCGAAGAACCCGGAAGGUGAGGAAAGCAUCCAGGAGGUUGAGCCUCAACCCGAAGCAAAGGAGGAAGGCAUCGAUUGGUUUCAGUCCUCGUUGCGUGAGGAGGACGAGGAAGAGGAGGAAGAAAGGGAUAAGAAGGAGAAAGAAACCAAGGAGGGCCAAGGAGCCUAA